AUGCAGUUUGAUAAACAAAUUCAAAUUCAAUAUCUUGGUAAUAUAUCAUCAUGGGAUGUGCCGAUAUUUGGCUUAAUAUUUGUUUCAAUAAUGAUUCAUACUUUAUUCUUUUGCUUUCUUCCAUCAUCAAUAACACCAAUGAUUAAAAGUUAUAUUAUAUCAACAUUUCACGCUUUGAUAGGUGUCACGAGUGUAUUAUAUUUUUUUUUAAAUUAUUCCGUUAAUUUAAAACAAAUUAAUCGAGUAGCUGGCGGUGGAAUUUAUGGUACCGGUGAUGAAAUUAUGAUAUAUAGUUUAUGUUAUUCAUUUGGAUAUUUUAUCUAUGAUUUAUUAAUAAUGUUAUUUUAUAAAUCAGUAAGAACAAAUACAGCAUUAAUACAUCAUAUCUUACUUAUAUCUGUAUUAUCUUUAGGUAUUUUGAAUUGUGUUUGCCGUCCAUGUCAUUUUUAUUUACUAUUUGAAGAAUUAUCAACAAUUGCAUUAAAUUUAAAAACUAUCUAUUAUGAUCGAACUAAUUUACAUAAUACGUUUACGAUGUUAUUUGUCGUUAGUUUCUUUCUAUGUCGUAUUAUAUAUGGAUCGAUUAUAUGUGGUUAUGCACUACGAAGUGCUGGAUUAUUUGCUCAAAUGGCAUUGGAUAUAGGUGAUUUAAAAAAUACUUUUUUUGUAUUAUUACAAAUUUCAUUAUGUGUUUUAUCAAGAAUACUUAAUUUCUAUUGGGCAAUUUUGAUUUUACGAAAAAUGUUUCGUUCAAAACGAUCAAAAACAAAACAUGAGAGUUUAAAUAAGAAAACAUUAUAA